AUGGCGUCACCUCAGUCAGAACGCGCCACCUCGGAUCAGAAAACAGUCGAGUCCACGCCUACAAAGGAGGAGAGCAAGCCGGAGACCAACGGCCACGCCUCACCAUCCGAAAAGGCCAGCGAGUCCGAGAAACCCACCGUCAAUGGCAACGGCAAGCACGAUGACGAGAAGAAGGAACCCGCUGAAGCCGACGUGAGCUCCGCCAAGGAUGCCGACGCUGCACCCAAGGAGGGCUCUGCGAAGCCGGAUGAGUCACCCGAGGAGCCCAAGGCCGAUAAGUCCGACGACGCACCGAAAGACGACGCAAAGAAGGAUGAAUCUAAGGAUGACUCGAAGGACGAGAAGAAGGACGAGAAGAAAGAGAAGACCAAGUCCGACAGUCCCGCAGCUGCCGAGCCGGCAAAGGAUGUCGACAUGACCGACGCGCCUGAAUCUAAGCCCGAGGAGAAGUCGGAGAAGAAGCCAGAGGAGAAGGCGGCUGAGGCAUCCGAACCCGCCAAGAGCGCGUCAGAUGCCAAGGAAGAUGUCGAGAUGAGCCAGGACGACAAGGUCAAUGGGGCAAAGAAGGAGGAGUCGUCACCUGCGCCGGCUGCUGCAGUCAAAGAGGUAGAUCUUCACCCUGCAAGCAUGUCACAACUUGCAAUUGACCAUGACAAGGCAAAGUCUCCAGCUCCCAAGGACGACGACGUUCCCAUGACCGAGGCACCCCCAGCGAGCAAGGUUUCUCGCGAGCGAGAAGAAGACGUCGCUGAUGAGCCUGCACCGAAGCGAGCCAAGACCGAGUCGAAUGCCGAUUCGCAAGAGGCCCGUGCCGCUGAGUCCACUGUCGAAGUCAAGCCGCAGGGCGAUUUGGCUAUGGGCGAGUCUGCUCUCGACACCCUUCCCCUGUGGAACGAUCCCGAGCGCGACCCCAAACCGUUGACCUCUCACCAAAUACGCGAAUUCCGUAAAGUUUUAGCUGGCGUGAAGAAGACGAAGCAUGGGGGUCAUUUCAAGGAUGCUGUCGUCAAGAUGUGGCCUAGUCUAGCCGACAGCUACAUCUUGCGGGUUAAGAAUCCCAUGGAUAUCGGCGAGCUUGAGCGCAACUUGCGCGACAACAAGUACAGCUCCCUGCGCAAGUUCAAGGACGAUCUCGGCCUGAUUUACAAGAACUCCUGCACGUUCAACGGUGUUAACAACGAGAUAACGUCAGCGGCUCUCAAUGUCGUUCGGUUGGCAUGGACCCGUGUCAUGGAGGUCCCCUCAGAUGAACCAGCGAAGUCGAAGCCAGUACCCAAGCCCUCUCGUCACUCCGAGACCCGAACACCCGCGCCUGCGCCGCCAGUCCGCAGACAGCCUAGUGUAACUGCUGCAAGCCCUCCGGCGAAAGCUGAGGCGGAAGCCUACGCGGUCCCGCCUGGUGGUGUGCCUCAAGUUCGACGUGCAUCGACACAGAACGACCUUGACCGACCUAAGCGCGCCAUUCAGCCCACCAAGAACAGAGACCCUGAUUACACGGCCAAGAACUUCAACAAGAAGAAACUUUCCAUUGAGCUUCAGUUCUGUUACGAGGUCUUGAGCGAGUUGAUGGACCAGAAGCACGCGCAGAUCAACUUCGCCUUCCUGCACCCUGUCGACCCUGUUGCUCUGGCAAUUCCUACGUACUUCACCAUCAUCAAGCGUCCCAUGGACCUUGGUACGAUCAUGGGCAAACUGAAGAACUUUGAUUAUCAGUCAGCAAAGGAAUUCCAGGGCGACGUCAAGCAGGUGUUCAAGAACUGCUUCAAAUUCAACCAGCCCGGUCAGCCUGUCUACGAGAAUGGACAGGAACUGGAGAGCAUCUUCAGGAAUCUCUGGUCCAAGAAGGAGCAGUGGAUCGCCAAGCACACCCCUGCAAAGCCUGUAUCCGACGGGUCAGCCCACGACAGUGAAGAUGAGGCUGAAGAAGAAGAGGAAGAAGCGCCCGCUGCCGCUGCCGAGCCGGCGACCAACAAGACAAUCCAAAUGCUUGAGAAGCGCCUCAAGGAAGAGACGGAACAGCUAACGCAGCUGUACACAACGGCAGACGCAUCGAGCGACGCGAUGAUUGAUCUACAACAGAGUGUCAUUGCGACCAUCAGACAACGAAUUCUGCAGGAGAAGCAAAGUCUGCCGGCUCAGAAGCCUGUCAAGGGAGCGAAGGCGAAGCCGCCUAAGCCCAGCAAGCCAAAGGCCAGUGGUGCUCCCAGCAAGAAGGCUGCUCCGGCCGCUCCUCAAAAGAAGAGUGGCGGCGGCGCGCCCAAGAAGCCAAAGCAACGCUCGAUGACCCAGCCCGAGAAGGAUGCAAUCGCGAACGCUAUCAACGACCUCGAGAGUCCUCACAUUGAGAGAGCUAUUGACAUCAUCAAGAAGGACACGGGGCAAUCGGAGAACAGCAGCGGUGAGCUCGAGUUGGAGAUAGACCAGCUGACCAACGAAGCGUUGCACAAGCUGUGGGAUCUUUGCAAGAAGGCCUUGCCCUCGUUUGGCUCAGGCUUGGCCCCAGCAGCAGCAUCUGCUCGUGAGGCCUCGCCUGUGAACAGCGCGCCUGCCAAAGGCGCUUCCAAGUCCAGCAAGCCCAAAAAGAAUAAGCCGAUGAAUGCCCAGGAGCAAGAAGCACGCAUAGCAGAGCUCGAAAGACUGCGCAACAUGUACGGCAGCAAGGGCGGCUCCGACGACGGUCACGAGCGACCAGGUAGUGCCGGUCGUGCGGACGAGGCGCCGAUUCAUGGCGACAGCGAGUCUUCUGACUCUGAGGAGGAGUAA